AUCAGCUGGACUCCCACACACUCUCGCUCUCGCGCGCGCUCGCAACAACACACCACACGCGGUCUCUCAAACAGAGGAGGCGGCACGUGCUGAGCGUGACGUCCCAGUCUGCUCGCGCUCUCUGCGCUACAGAAUAAAAACAAAAACACGAGACAACCCGCGGGAGGGGAGGAAGGGAAGGAGAAGCGGGAGAACUGAGAUCUGCCGGAUUCAGGACUUGGACAGCUCCCGCGCGCACGAGCCUCCUGCACUGACCCCUGAGCAGUUUUUCUUUCUUUCUUUUCUUUUUCUCUCUGGUUUGACCCCUCCGCGCGGGGUUACCAUGGCCACCGUGCUGCAGGGUCAGAAGCAGCUCCUGGAGAAGUUGUGGAAAGGCGCGUGCAGAGCCGUAACCACGCCCAGGCCUGAGAGCGUCAUCAUCGCGAGCAUCGCCGCGCGCCGAGCGCACAGCAGCGCGUUGGUGCCAAAGAGCAGUGUGGUCCCAAUAGAGCCAGCAGAACCGGAACCGGAACCAGCACCACAACUGAAGGCCACAGAAAGGAAGCGGCGCACCAAACGCAGCAGCACACGGAAACAUCACAGCCGUCAUCGGUCUCGCAGUGUGUCGUUUGAUGCUGAUUUUUCUACCCGGCCAGCACCCAAAGGGAAAAAAAAGAAGAAGAAAGAGAGGAAGAGGAGGAGAGAAAGGUCCCCCUCCUUCAGUCCGUCACCCGUAAGGAAGAAGAAGAAGAAGAAGAAGAGCUCGAAGAAAAGGAAGCAACACAGGUCUGCUUCCAAGAAGAGACGACACAGCUCUUCAAGCACCAGACGCAAAAGGAAGGAUGACAGAAAACAUAAAAAGAGGACUCGGAGUGACUCUCACCAUAGACGGCGUCUGCAGAGGGUGGAGCCUCCAAGUCUUGACUGGACAUCUACAAGCACAGAGAACAGAUCUGAAGAUCAUGGCAAAUCUGGCUUUGGAGACGGCACUCGUCCUUCGGGGGACCACAGAAGUUUUGAAUGGGGGUCAGCAGUCAAGCUAGCCAAUAAAAUCCCCUCUAAGUGCUGCACUAUGCUGCCUGAAUGCUCAGUCGAACAUUCGCGUCCUGGGCUUGAAGCUUUAAACAAAACAGCCAUCGUCCAGGACUCACUGUCCAAUCAGGGCAAAGGACACGCAGAAUACGAUUCAGGAAAUGACACGUCCUCUCCGCCGUCUACUAAGACUGGCAUCUCAAGAGCAAAGGUCGCGGGAGACGGAAAGAUCACGUCUCCGGAGAAGCUCAGGUUUACGGACAGGGACAAUGCCUCUGAUUCUGGAAACUCUCUGACCAGCUAUGACUCUCUGGGGAAAGCUGCACACAGCGAGAGUAACCUGUCCAGCUCCAUUUUCAACAAGGUCAAAAGUGAAGAACCUAGCCGGAGGACACAGCCCAUCGGAAGCCAAGCUGCUAGAAGUUUGAAUCCUUCUCAUGACAGAUAUCGAUCGGAAACAAGGUCCCGCAGCCGGAGUAGAUCAUCCCGAAGUUCUCGCCACUAUGGGCGCUACUCUAGGAGCAGGUCCUUAUCCUCCAGCCGCAGGUCAUACUCCCGUUCGUCCAGUUACUCGUUGGACUCAAGGAGGGGGAGUGUAUGUAGUGGGAGCAGCCGGCGGAGCGCAAAACACUCGAGAUACACACCAGACAGGACCCGGGAGAGAAAAAGAGGCUCCAGCUCCUGCGAGAAGCAAUCAAAGCGAGGCAGGAAGCGAAGCAGGAGGAGAGCCUGUUCACCCAUGAGGAAAAGGAGAAGAGAUUCGCCCAGCCAUCUCGAGGCCCGGCGAAUUACAAGUGCGAGGAAGAGACCGAUUCCUUACUACCGCCCCAGUCCCUCCUCCUCCUCGUCCUGCAGCAGCCUGUCCUCCUGGAGCCUGUUCUCUCUGACCCGCAGCCCAACUCGCAGCCCGACCCGCACCCGCAGCAGGAGUCCCAACCGCAGCCGGAGCCGUAGCCGCUCUUCAUACCGCAGUUACAGCCGCAGCUCCUCUUGGAACUCCCUUUACAGCAGCCGGAGCCGCAGCCACAGUCGCAGCAGGAGCUAUGAUUCGCUAGCUAGCCGAGCUCGUCGUUAAUACACAGACUAAAGCUGUGGGGAAGGUUUCAAAACCAGAUUUUCCUCAACAAAACAAUAAAAGAUUGCAAGAAGUCACUGCAGUCGGGUUUGGGACUCCAGUCGGUGACAGUCAGAGAAGACUGAGCCUUUCUUUAUUCCAUUCUGUUAUGUUCCAAACUCUGCUUAAAGCCGUUUUCUACAAGGGGAACAAGGAAGAAAAGGAAAGAGACAUUUUUCUUUUUUUGGUGGAUUUUUUUCCUCAAUUUUCUCCCCAACUGAGUCAUUUCCAAUUCAUCCACAAGUUAGGCCUCCCUAACACACAAUACUACCAGCAUUAGGAGGCUAGGAUGCAUCACUGGACAGCCGAACGCGCUCGGAGGAAAGCAUCAACCACCAGUUCUGUUACAACAGCUAACAGACGCCUGCGCUGACUAGAGUCGCACUGAGUGAUGGUGGGGGGGUGGUGGGCCGUCCUACCCACCCAGACAGGGAGGCUAAUCGUGCACUCUUGAACCCCCGGCCACGAAUGGCUGUAGAAUCACCAGGGAUCAAACUCGUGAUGUCUAGACGAAAGGGCCAACACUUCGAUGGUUGCACCUCUUGGGAGGAGAAAGAAACAUUUCAGCGUCAACAUGGCUUGGACGGGACGUUACUGCUGUUCUUCGUCAAACUGGCCAUUUGUCGUUGAUUCUCUCAUUGCUUUUGGAUAGGCCUCACUUGCUGCAGUCACAAGUUGGUAACCUUGAGAAAAGCACAAUUUUACACAGAUCUUUUUUUCUUUUUGCACCACUUUCUGUUUUUAUUUCCCUUUUCCUUUAAGGAUCAUGUCAGAAAUGUUCAAGACGAGAGAUAUAUGGCCUCCAUAACAGGUUUUACUGCAUGCAGGGUUUCUUUGACACCUGCAUCACACUCGCGCUCGCUUUGAAAAAUGUGCCAAACAUCCGCCCUGUCAGCCCAAAUGCCAGAGGUAUUUAUCUUCUGCCGAAGUGGAAAACAAUUCAAAUGUCAGUGGUUGUUACGAUGACGAGGGUUAUGAUGACAGUGAUGACGGACGAUCCGGAUGCAGCAUGUUCUUCAGUGGCGAAAUCCCAUUUGUGCAUGCAUGUCUCCUUUUGUGAGGAAUGUGUAUGUUCCGAAUGCGUGACUAGUAGAGGCCCUUAAUACCGAACGCGCAAAUUCAGUGUUUCAAUGGGUAAUUGACCACAAAAUUGGUCCUCUGAUCACGAAAUGGCCAACUGAUCACAGAUUAGUCGUCAUGAAAUGGGUAACUGGGCACAAAAUGGGUAACAAGAACAGCCUGUUUGCUUCUAAGAGAGAUUUAAAAAGAGACUCGACGACGGUCGUGUAAUAAUUCACGACUGUUUUUGGUCCAUAAAACCAAAUAUAGUGGUUUUUAGUUUUUUUUUUCAAAUUCCACAAUUAGUCUAACAUUCUAACUUAUUCUAACUUAUUUUAUUUACACUUUUAUUGUGUUUGGCAUUUUUUAUUUAUUUGUCACGUCAUUUUAUUCCACCUUUUGUUGUACUUUCGACUUCUGUUUUGCUAUUUCAUCUCAGGCUUAUCUCAGUUCAUAUGAGCGGCAGCCUUUUUGACAAAUACUUAUUUUAUUAUUUUAUUGUAGCGUAUUUAUUAUUCAUUUUUUUAUGAUGAUUUAUCAGGUGGAAGACCUUGCGCUCGACGCAGGCGUUUAUUUUUUCAUUAUUUAAAGCCUAUUAUUUAUUUACUUAUUUAUUUAUUUUCCUCAGAGCAGAUGUGCGUGUCUCACUGGUCGAGCAAAUGAAGUUGUGCGUGAGUUCGUGCAUAAUGAUAAUUGACAUAAUCUGGUGUUUAUGAGUGUUAUUUAUUGAAAUGCAGCUGUACAUUUGAGUGCACAAAGUUACGAACCAUUAUCUUCGAAGAAAAAGUGAGCUGUUCUUUAUAGGCCACGUGAUGAAAUAAACCCUUUUCAUCACUAGAAUCAUCGCUAUUAUUGGAAACUAUCAGCUUCCAUUCAUUGUUCGACACUUUGUGUCGUGGAGCUGUUAUUUUCAAUUGUUAUUGACCCUUGGCAUGAUUAUCACAGGCGCUCUCCGGCUCUAUGCAUUGUAAAUAGUGAAAUAUCAUUAUGUUACUUGUUCUGCCGUCACCUGUACAGAGAUUUAUGGGAAAAGAGGACAUGCUGAAGGAAUGUGACGAACAAAUAUCAAUGCAGUUUCUCUCCUCUCCCUGUAUGUUUAGCGCGCCAAUCUGUAAAUCUGUUGUGUAAAUACGUGAAGGUAUAGCGUGACUAUGUAGGCAUGUGUGUGAUUUAUUGAAAUGGAGUGAUGGCAAAGAAUUAACCGACUGUUUGCUGACUAGGCUGACUGUCUCAUGUACAUAGCUAUGGUACAAUGAUAUAUUUUUGACGUCUGUUCAGUCUAAAUGUAAAAAAAUACAAAAAAAAAAUUGAAUUUCUCUGUGAAUUUCACAAUCAGAUGGAAGUUGUUUCUCUGGUCACACCAGCGUCGUCUGUAUAGCUUGAUUUUCAUAGUGUUUGUCAAUUAACAUGAAAGGACACGCUUCUGUAUCUCGCCAGGCUUUUAAUGACGGCUGAUGAGAACUAUUUGUACUAUACUCUUCCAGAAAUAAGCUUAUUAUUAUUAUUAUUCCAUGUGAUUCAGCAAAGCAGCCAAGUUUGUCUAGAACAAAUGUACUACUGGGCUGGGCGAUAUAUCGGUUAUACCAGUGUACAUUGAUAAUUACACACCGUGAUAAUACAUUUCGAAUUUUCGACAAUAUUUUUAGCAAAAUAUUUAAUAUAUAAUGGUAAUUAUAUCCAAAUUAUGCCCAUACAAUAGCAGCAUCCCUUUUGCAUAGCAGUUUGUCUUAUGUUUGUGCACUUUAAGACACUAAUUUUAUACAGAUAAGAAAAGCAUGUCAAGUUUUUAAAAAGAUAAAACGCAUAUUAAUUAAAAGUCUGAAAUGGAUUGCAUAAAGUUUUUCAUCAACUCAGAUUUAUGCUUCGUACGGAUUGUCAUGGAUGUACCCAAACAAAUGUGUGCCAUGACUGUGUUGCACAUGACAGAGCACAAAAGCUUGCACGACAAACAAAACAGUGUGUUUACAUGCACUUUAUGAUCUGAUAAAUGCAGAAAAUCGGAUUUUGUCCGUAAUCCGAUCAACAUGUUCACAUGCACUUGAGUAAUCAGGUUGUUUGAAAUCUCUGGGUCUACAUGAGUCAGGCAGUAAUCAGAUUUCUGUUUUACAACCAGCCAAUAAACUCACAGAAGAAGACGUGACACAAACGGUUUUAAAACUUCCCUCCACUUUACCUGGAACUGUGAACAUACAUCAUCUAGAAGAUGAAGAGUAUUUACACCAUACGUAGAGUUCGUUUCAGCAUCGCUCCAAAAGUGCUUUGCUGCCAUCUUGUGGUAACGCUGCUUGCUUAUUUCUGGUACCGCGGUCUGUUUUCACGCAUGCGCAGACUGAGAAGUCUGAAAGAAAUCAGAGUAAGAGUUCACAGCUCUCAGAAAUCUGAUCACUGAGCUAAAAUCCAGCUCUCGUUAUCAGAUUUCUUAAUCAGAUUUCUAGACCUUACUCUGAUCUAAGAGUGUGCACAUAUAAUCGGAUUAUUGAGAGCAUGUAAACACACUCAUGAACUAUAAAAAUGCAGGAGUUAAAGAACACAUGGUGGGUCGUAGCUGAAGGGCUGAGGAAAGAAGGUGAUUAGAUUAGUACAACAUAGUGAAUGUUUAUAGCUGUUUAUCUAUGAACGUAAUCUGGCUGUUCAUGUUUGGCCUUUUUUGUAAACAGGGUGUUCAGUUGCAGUUCCUAAAGCAGCACUAUGUGAUAUUUAUUGUAAAAAA